AUGCCACCAUUUUUAAUCACAUCUCCCAAGAUUGCACCGCAACCCCCUGGGGCACAGGAUGCUUCCGAUAUAGGAGUGGCAUCGUUGCCGGGCCCUCCGAUAACGGAUGAUGCGGCCCUCCGCCAAGGGGCCAAUGCUCUGCGACUGCUCUUGAACGAAUACCAAGUGACGGUGCUGAGAGACCUCGUCCUCUUCUGGCUCGCCAAGGGAGACAAUCUAGCCCUCGCCGAACCGUUUGUCGAGGCCUGCACUGAAAGCGUGGUGCCCUUCUUCGCGGCCGUGUCCCAAGAUGAGGACUGGCAUGUGGGCUGCGCCAGGCUUCUGCUGCAGAAUUCCUCCCAGCCCUUGAGGUUCAAUGCCGAUACCAGUGGCCCCGUGUGGGUGUCGCAAUUUGUGGGUACCAACCUCCGAUGGGAGGCCCUGGGGAUCUUCUUCCUGGCUGUCAGUCGGGCCACCCUCGAUGUUGCUGCCUUCCCGCAGCUCUAUCUGACCCGCGAGGCAAACCGUACCCUCCGCACGCUAUGUGGCACGCUCAGUGACCAUGCCUUGGAGAUCGUGUUGUCUCUGGAUUGCCUGAAUGAUCUGCAACUGGUUUUGCAGUACGAAAAUCUCAUCAUGCACUCGUUGGUGGAUGGCGACCACAGCUAUCAUUCCUGGCGGAAGAUUGGGGAUGUCAUCUCGUCCAUCUUUCACCUGGGAUAUCACGACGAUAUUGAUGCAAAACCCGACGCGCCCGACUUCCUCACCCAGUUACGGAAGACCGCGUUUGCCCGGAUCUAUUCCACCGACAAAAAUCUGGCAAGCUUCCUGGGCCGACCCCCUCGCAUGACGAAGCGAUUUUCCACCUUGCAAAUCCCCUCCAGCUUCCCAGACCCACAAGGAGACAGCACUGCAUGGGACCCGAAUGCUAAGGCGAGCUACAGGGCAGAGACACGAUGGUCGGCCCUGUGCGCGUCGUUAAAGGAGGAGAUUUCGGAACUGGCGCGGGAUAAGAGUAAUGAGAUACCUGCAGAGCGAAUUGGUGCAAUCAAGGACCAGGCAGAAGCACACUGGCAAGCCCUGCCCCCUCAAUUCCAAAUAGAGGGCAGCCUCGCAACUCAUGACCAACUUUCGUCCUUUGAGAGAGACUUUCUGAUCAGCACUCGACUCAACCAUCUCCAUGUCCUCUUCCUCCUUCAACCCCUGGCACUCACCACCCCGUCUGAGCCUGACUCCUCAAUUCAUGAUAAGCAAUUGAUUAACUCUGGAACCGGUCUGCUCUGGAAGAUUGUUCAUUAUGGUCUCCCGGCGGCUGGGAUGCUACUGCUGGCAAUGCUUAAGCAACGACAUGCGCCCAUGCCGACGGGAUUGUCCCGAGCGAAGGUGCUGCAGGAGUUGAGCGUCUUUGUGGUGGAAAUCCAGAAAGGAAUGAUUGUGAAACGCGGCGAUCCAAUCUAUGUUCUGCUAUCCCAGGCCACUCACACGAUCCAGAGGGUGCUUGAGUCAUUCCACCUGGGGCGGACCGAGGCCGGGUGGGAGGCAGGCGAUGCCAACACACAUCUAGCGGACGACUGGGGGGUUACACUGGGACCAGAUGUAUGGGACUUUGAAACCGGGUUCUGGGACAGCUUGGUCGACCAUCCCUCUCCUGCUACCCUGGAACCCCAUUUCACUCGCUCACAGACCUAAGCUCUCGAUUCAAACUCCUUCUUCACAGCAUCCGCAAAGGUCCUCACCCCGUCCUCGAGAUCCUCUCGGGCUGCGGCCGCAUAGGUCAUUCAGAAAUGUAGGGCUUGGUGGAGCGCGCUGUUGCAGCCAAACAAGG